AUGAAGAAAGAGAAUGCGUAUUCUUCUGGCUGGUGCGAAACCCCUAAAACAUCGAGAAAAGAUGCCUCGCUGCGAAGACGUCUCCUUGUGUCCAAUGCAGCUUCAGGUGGAAGAAUAGGAAACGCAAACUCUUCCAACAGGCGUUACUCCAGUGGAAGUUUUGAUUCCCCAGACAGCAGGCUGUUUGAGGCCUUAGCCACCAGCACUUUGAAAAAUGAAGAAAUGUCUUUAUCAUGCAGGAAGAGGCGUCUCAUGUUCUCCCAGGUUAAAACAUCCACCCUGGAAGAUGGAAAGGACAAAGCUGCCCAGCCUUUAGCCUCUGAAGCUGAGGGUGCAGAAGCCCUUGCUGUCCAGGGAGAGCUCAAUGAUAGCAUUAUUUCCUCCUUCCCACACCACCUGUCCCCAGCAUUCCUCGAGACUCAGUGUCUUUGCACUUUCACUCCAUCUGCAAAGCAGAACUUCCAGACUCCUGUGCGUAACCCAGCUUCGAACCCAUCCGAUGGCACGCAUGUCCUGGGCUCGCCCUCCCUCACGCCGAUCCCCAAGCUGGACAUCUCGGCCUCUGAGGACAGUGGCUUCAGCUCCCUGGGUCUGGAUAAGUCUCAGGAGUCCACCCUAGACCACGAGGGUUCUUUCCAGGAGCUGCUUCUGCCGUCUGCCCUCAGAGGCAAGGAGACCCCAAAGGUUGCCGAGGCCAGGAAGAGGUCCAGACUGGAGCGGCAGCGGAGGCUCUCCACGCUUAAAGAAGGGGGGUCCCAGUCGGAGGAGGACGCCAGGCCCGCCGAGCCGGCAUGCGCCGAAGCCAGACUCUGCCUGGAUGAACAGAAGGCCCUCACCGCAGAGGAAGACGAUGAACUCUUCCUGGACAAGACUCCAAUCGGGACCACCUGCUUAAAGCUGGAGGACCUCUCCCUCACACCCGCCCUGCAGGUGGUCCACGCCAUGUGCCAGCGCAGUGCCGGGAGGCUGCCGGAGCAGAUGAGCUUGGAGGAGUUGCUGAGGUCAUCGGAAGGUGCCCAGUCCUUCCAGACCACCAUGCCUUUGGCAGGACUCAUUGGAAGAAAGAUGGGGCUUGAGAAACUUGAUAUCCUGGUAGAGCUGAAGAGGAGGAACUUGAGACAUGUCCUGGCUAAGAUAUUAAACCAUCUCUCUUCAGAAGAUAUUUACAGAUUUGGCCAGGUUUCUGAUCUUUGGGAUGAAAUAAUUUUGCAAGAUAAAAUGACCAAUCGACGAAGGAAAUCAUACCUGAAAGACCUGAAGAUGGCGCAUGAGCUGGGUGGUGUGGCCCACGUUCCUGAUGCGGAGACGAGGCUGAACCUUCUGUGCAGGUCCGCUCUGAGGUCUGUCCAGGCCCAGUCCAAGACGCCCGUCUCUCACACCCCCACAUCGGGAAACGGCAAUUUCACCCCAGUCCAGCACAAGGGAUGCUCAGUGAGUAAGCGGGAUGAGUUCUUACAGGUCGCCAAAACCCUCUUCAACGACGAGUGCCUCAAGCCGUGCCCGCGGUGCCAGCACCCCGCCAGGUGUCACUCGGUGAAGAGGGAGGGCGUGUGCAGCCGGGAGGACUGCGGCUUCCGCUUCUGCACCGGCUGCCUGUGCGCCUACCACGGCUCCAAGGAGUGCGGCAGCUGGUCCGGCAAGCGCCGGGGCAAGAGGGAGGUGCUGCCGGGCAGCGCCCAAAGCAAGCGUAACCUGCGGAGGCUGUAA